AUCGUUUGGUAUCUUGGAACUGUUGUAAAUGGUAGCUUGAUUUCUGCUACAUCGUUUUGGUUCUAUUUCAGUUCGCUUUUCGUUUGACAUCAUGAACAGCCUGUCGUUCAGCGAGCUGUGUUGCUUGUUUUGUUGUCCGCCAUGUCCAUCAAGAAUAGCAGCAAAAUUGGCCUUCCUUCCUCCAGAACCAACAUAUUCACUGAUAUCUGAUGAAACGGGUUCAAAAUAUAGCCUCCAUCUGACUGACAGGGCUGAAUGGCAGUACACUCAGCGAGAACUAGACUGUAUUGAAGUGUUUAUGACAAGGACUUCUAGGGGAAACAGGAUACCCUGCAUGUUUGCGAGGUGUUCCCCUAAUGCUAAAUAUACCCUUCUUUUCAGUCAUGGCAAUGCGGUUGAUUUGGGCCAAAUGAGCAGCUUCUACAUAGGACUAGGGUCCAGAAUCAACUGUAACAUUUUCAGCUAUGACUAUUCAGGCUAUGGUGCCAGCUCGGGUAAACCAUCAGAGAAAAAUCUCUAUGCAGACAUUGAUGCUGCUUGGCAAGCUCUGCGAACAAGAUAUGGUAUAAGUCCACAGAAUGUAGUUUUGUACGGACAGAGUAUCGGCACAGUGCCUACUGUAGAUCUUGCGUCCAGAUAUGAAGUUGGUGCAGCUAUUCUCCACUCUCCACUGAUGUCCGGCAUGAGAGUGGCAUUUCCUGAUACAAAGAGAACAUGGUUCUUUGAUGCUUUUCCUAGUAUUGACAAAGUACCAAAGAUAACAUCACCAGUUCUAGUUAUACAUGGGACAGAAGAUGAGGUUAUAGACUUUUCUCAUGGCCUAGCCAUACAUGAGCGAUGUCCAAGGGCUGUGGAACCACUUUGGGUUGAGGGAGCAGGACACAACGAUGUCGAACUUUAUGGACAAUACUUAGACCGACUUAAACAAUUCAUUAACGUUGAAUUGGCGGUCAAUUGACCCGCGGAGAACAUAAUGCAGCCUGUUCAGGAAGAAUUGAUAUAAUCGUCUCCUGAUAUCGCAUGGAUCUGUGUUGUGGAUUGUUGGUAGGCAUUGGUACAUGGAUGACAAUGGAAAUAUAGCGUAACCAGCCAUAUCAAGAAUUCAUUAUACCAAUUAAUUUGUUGUCAUUGUCGUAACAUUGAAACCUGUUUGUUCUUACAAUGUAAAACAUGAAAUAACUGUAAAACCUCCUGUUACCAUUUUGUCCUACCAGUACUUUGUUUUUCUUAUUUAGAUUUCUUUGUGUUCAUUUACAUGUAGAUAGUGGAGUAUUUCCAUGAACGAGCAUGACUGGAAUGCAAACCAAAUUUUAAAGUUUUUGUAUCCGUUUGAAACUUUGCAUGCAAAACAAUGUUUGACAGUUGAAAAAUAUGCAGAUUUUCAUUAUACAUGUAUAAUAAUGCAAGAAAGGCUUGAAGAAUGCUUGUUUAGUUAACAAGACAGUUCAUCAGUACUACACUCUAUUUGACAGAAUCAAUAAACCGGAGUUCUUUUCUACUGAUUUUUACUGUAACACAUUGUAAUUCAGUCUAAUUAAUUUACUAUUGGACCUGUUUCCAAACAAGGAAAAUCAAAGUUUCUUUUUAUACAUGUUUUUGCUGUUAAUUAACUUUUCAAUGGUUUAUGAGAAUUAAGGAAUAAAAUUUGAAAUACAAAUUGCUGUUUCUGAUCUAUAGAGAUUAUGUACUGUCUGAUGUUGAUAAUACUUUAAACAACAGACUAGAAAGUCCUUUGUUUUUCUGAGCAACAAUGUUUGUGAGUUAAGAAAUUCCUCCAAAAUACAACUGAGACAAUAAUCAAAUUUGCUGAAAGUUUUUAUAUUCUAUCAACUGCAUAUUCCUCUAUAUUCAGUUACUUAUGUCCGUAUAUAGAAUGUGUCAAUCAAGUCUAAACAUACCAUGGUUGUUGACUUUUUAUGUGGUUGUUUGUAUUGACAAUUAUUGUUAUCGACAUGAGGAAACAUUUGACAUUUCAUUAAUUGCUUAUACCAUUGUUUUAUGGAGGAGAUACAAAAUGUAUGUUAAGUAGUAGUGAAAUAAAAUAGAAUUAUUCAUUAUAUAAAAACCUGGUGAAUAUUUCAGCAUUGCCAUGUUUAAACGGUAAGAGCUGAAAUCAACUAUUAAAAGCAGCUUUGUUUUGUAGAAAAAAAUUACUAUGAAUACAUUUAACUGUGUAAUGUAAUAUG